AUGUUUACGCGCCUCGACGAAGUAGCAAAACGGGGCUUAGUGUUGAGUAGCGUUGAAUCUUUCAUCCAAAAUCCAUCAUCCGCUCUUGAUGCUCAAGAGAAUCGCCACUCUCUACACGUAGCAGACUGGGUUUCGGGUACAUGCAACGGGUUGGUUUGUGUGGCCCAUAUGCUUUGGCAACCCAACAACGAUAUUAGCGAUAUCUGGUUACGUUUAUGGAACCCUCUCACACAGUGCUUACGUGUCAAUGUGCAUAAUGCUUUAGGGUUUGGGUAUGAUGAGUCAAGUGACAGUUACAAGGUAGUGACUGUCAUUCGGGAUUCUUCUGGAACAGUAACUGCGCAAGUUUAUAGCUUCGGUGGCAGUUCUUGGAAAGACGAUCAACAGUUUCCCUGCUUUUCCGUUUUCUAUUGA